AUGCUUAAUAAACCUAGUGCUUUGAAUUCGCUACGGGCAGGAACUGUCAUCUCGCAGUACGACCCCUAUGUGGUAGCAGACGCAAUGAAGCAGUACCUACGCAGCCUUCCUCAACCUCUUCUCACCUCACACCUACUUGGUGAAUGGGCUCGAGCCUUGGAAAUAAAAGACAGGGCCGUUCAGUUACGUCGACUUCAACAGAUUGCUCAUCGAAUGCCGCCAGAGUAUGAGCGGAAUGCAGGCUACCUAUUCCGAUUCCUCCAUCGAUUCACGGAGUAUUCGGCACGCAACCGCAUGACUCCCGCUGGCCUAGCCAUCAUCUUUGGCCCCGCCCUACUUACCGCUCCUGCUCCCGCCUCCUCCAGCUCCACAGGUGCGGAUGAACCACAAACCACAACCUUGGCGGAUUCCAACUCUGGUGGCCAUCAGAAUGGGAAUGUGUAUGUGUCGAUUGUUUGA